AUGGCUGAAACAGAGGUUGUGUUGUUGUGUUACUGGAACUGUAGAAUCAAGCACGGCCCUGAUGGCGUCUACUUUGAAGGGUCGACUCCUAAAGAGAUGAGAGUCAAGAAAAAGACUGACUUUAGCAGUUUUCUCGACGAACUUUAUCUAAUCACUGGAUUCGAUAAGCAAAAAUCGAAUCUUGAGAUAGUUUAUAGGUGCCCUGUAGCUCAAUCACCAAACCGGUUUAGGUAUGAACUUUGUCCGGUUACGUGCGACGGUCAUUUGGAGACUAUGCUUGAGCUUCCAAGCAAACACCCUUCUGUAAACUCUGUGGAAUUGUUGUUGGAACUGAAACCAAUUGGUGAUCCAGUGGAAAAUCCCCGCAAAAGACAGAAGAAGACCCAACAAGAAGAAGUGAAGGAUGAAGAUCAAGCUGGUGCUGUGUCUGGUUUGUGGCUUGAGGAUGAUGCAAUGCGUGUGGGGUUGUGUUUUAAAGAUAUGGAAGAGAUGAAGAAGGCAGUUGCCUGGUGGUCGAUUAAGAAGCAGAAAACGUAUAUGGUAAGACGAGAGAUAGAGAAGAAGGACGUGUAUGUGUUUGAGUGUGCAAGUUUGGGAUGUAAAUGGUCAAUCUCUGCAGCAAGAAUGGAAGAGAAAGAUGGUGUUUUUGAGAUAACCAAGUGUAGUAGUGGUCCACAUACUUGUGACCAUGAAUACGGACGUAGGUAUUGGCCUGAGUUUAGAGGCGAUUUUGAUGUCAAGGGUUUAGAGUAUGAGAUUGAACGUCUGGUCAAGGUGCAUCCACUGCUCUCAACUGCAGAGUUGGCUAAGUGGUGGAAAGAAAAAUAUGGCUAUGAGCUUAUUGAUACGGACCAGGUGGACGAUGUGGAAGAAGUUUUGCAGAGAGCGAAGGAGAAAGCUCUCAAAAGAGUCUAUGGAGGUUGGGAUGAGAGUUUCAGUCUCAUGCCAAAGUUGAUGUCUGCGCUUCAGUCUUCUAAUGGGGUAGUUGUGGACUGGCAAUAUGAUGACUCUUUGCCUGAUCAUCCUCCUGGACACGCGUCGUUUCGAGGCGUGUUUUGGGCGUUUCCACAGUCUAUCAAAGGGUUUGAGCAUUGUAGACCUGUGAUCGUUGUGGACAGUAAAGACUUGGGAGGUAAGUACAAGAUGAAACUGAUGGUUGCCUGUGGGGUUAAUGCAGUCAAUGAGUACUUGCCGCUUGCGUUUGCGGUUACUAAAGAAGUGACUGUUGAUAGUUGGCGUUGGUUUCUUGGUAAAAUCAGAGAGAAGGUUACUCAAAGGAAAGGACUUUACUUGAGAACCAGUCCCCAUCCGGACAUAGUCGCUGUUGUUAACGAGCCGGAGUCUCAGUGGCAAGAGCCUUGGGCUUAUCACAGGUUCUGUCUUGAUCAUUUGUCCUCCCAGUUCCAUGGCGUUUUUAAAGACGACAAACUGAGAAACCUUGUGGACAAGGCUGGAUCCACGAUUAAGAAGGAAGAGUUUGAUUCUUACAUGAAGGAGAUGAAAGAGAAGAAUCUAGAAGCUUGGGAAUGGCUGGAUAAGUAUCCUCCGCAGCAGUGGGCUCUGUCUCAUGACGUUGGUCGUCGGAGAUACGGAAGCCUGACGAUCAACACUAUAGCUCUCUUUGCGGUUUGUGAGAGGUUUCCGAAAGUUGGAAUGGCAGGUGGCGUGAUGCUUCAGUUUGGGCCUAUUAUGAAUGACUUGAGCUGCGAGAUUGUUCAGUUGAAUGACUUAACAUGCACUUGUGGGGAGUUUCAAAGGAGCAACACUCCAUGUGUGCACGCUCUAGCUGUCUGCGAUAAGCUAAAAAUCAAUCCUUUGCAGUAUGUAGAUGACUGUUACUCUGUUGAACGGUAUCACAAAACGUACGCCGCCAAAUUCAAUGAUGUUCCUGAGGUAUCUGCUUGGCCUGAAGCUACUGGAGUUCCGAGGUUGCUUCUUCCGGUCAUUGAGCCUCCUCCAGCUAAAGCAUCAGGUAAAUAUAUUGUGUUAGCGUUGUAA